CAGAAAAUUCCUCUUCCAUCUCUCUCCACCGUCUUUGGUUCCUCCCCAUUUCCUUUUUCCCUUUCCGCUUCCUACCUCGCUUCUACGGAUUUUACUUUGAAAAAGUAAAAUUUCCAGCCCUCUGGAGAAGAAAUGAUGCUGAGUUCUCAUCGCCCUCUUUGACUUCUUCUCAAUUUAUGGUAAAAUGGUUUCGUUGAGAGAACUUUCAGAGCUAUGAGGUAACCAGGGCAGAGACGGAGAAGAGGAGGGGGUUUUAUCAAUGAAGCCUAUCACGAUGAUAGUGCCGCCGGAGUUGCAGGAUGUGCCGAAAACCAUGGCGUCUGAGAGCAGUGCCAGUUCCAGCGUUAGGGACAACGGUGGCGACCACCCUACUGCAUCGCCGAGCAGCUCGUCUGAGGAGACAUCCCACCGCGAGGAGGAGACGGGGGAUGUGGUGAGCCAUGUCUCAGAUCAGCUUGUGAUUGGAGAGUGGGAGAGCAGGACAGUCACGGGCAGGCUGAGCAAUCUGCGAAAGGCGCCCAAGGAUCUGCCCGCUGGAUUUAGGUUCCGGGCCGCCCUACAUCAUGAAGUGGCGGAUUGUGCGCCCUCAAUAAGUGGAUAUAGGAGAUUGGAGGAGAUGGUGAGGGCGCACCACAUCCCCAGAACAAUCCUGCUCCGGACUGGAGCCAAGAGCGAGAGGGCGUGCACGCUGACGCCCAACAUCAUAAGGUUCAUAAUAGGCUUUAUGCCGUUGUGUGCGAGGUUGGAGGUACCGGCCAAGGCGAUCGUGUUCAGGUCGCUGUUUCAAUGCCGGUUGUGUCCCAACUCCCGAGGCGCGAAGUGGUACUACCUCUCCGGGAGAAACAAGAGCCAGUUGUUCAAGAAUGUUCGGAACAAAGUGGCGAGGUGGAAGAGGCAAUUCAUAUUUGUUCGCGACACGCGAACAGAGAGGAUAAGCAACGACCUUGCUGCCCGGCUAUCUGAGUGGCGUGUGCCCAAUGCACACGUCAACUACCCUCAAUUACUGCCACGGGACACAGACCUCAAAAAUCAGCUGCUGGACUAUGCGAGGAGGGAGAAUCUAAUAGAUCUAGACGCCCUGGUUACCUCGGAGCAGCUCGCCGUGUUCGGGUUUGUCGACGUGGCAAACCUGUUCAUAGAAGGAGAGAUGAGCAGCCUUCUCGAACGCCAACGUCAACGAGCACAGAGCUCACGAGGUCGCGGGCCGGGCAGCACCUCACAGAGACAGACGCGGUUCGAUGAGCGACCGCCGACCGCGCCUCAAUCGCGCAGCUCGUCCCAUCGAGGGUCCAGCUCGGCAUCUAGGCCGCAGGCUGAACAUAGAGCUAAGGCUGCGGCCCCGAGUGCACGUAGACGUGCACGCGAGGAGACGGAGAGCGAGGAAGAUGGGGUCCCCCUUGCUCGGCGCAGAACAAGCGGGGGGACUCAGCCCGCGCAGGCGGCCCGUCCUGCAAUCGUGCGUUCACCCAACGCACCGUCAGCGACUGCGCGGGCGACACCCGCCAUGGUGCAAGGCAUGCACAGUUUUGUGCCCCCGGCGGAUAGUCGGCGGGCAAAAGCUUUUGUGCAGCAGCAUGGCGGCCAGGUCGCCAUGAUCAAACUGAUGGAUGCAUUCAGCUACGCUGUAGCGCUCUACGAGAGCGAGCAGGAGGCUCGUACACAGAACAGCGAGCUCGGUUCAAAAUGCAAACAGCUGGCUGCUGAGAAGGCUAGCCUUGUGGACGAUGUGAAUCGUCUGCAAGGCUCUGAAAUGGCGAACCGAGCUGCGGCUGCAGAGAGCCGGGCGGAUGAGCUUGCCAACAAAAACAACGAGCUCAGGGAGGAAUUGGAGCGCGCCCGUGCUGAAAGAGAGAGCGGGAUCCAGGCAACUAGGAAGGAAGCCGCCCGGGUCGCCGAGGCCGACCGGAACCUUACUACUGCCGGGGAGGCGCUGAACGAGCUGAAGACUUCCCAUGCACGCUCUGUCAGCAUCACCCGAGCUCAAGGGGCGGAAUGGUUCGUGGGCUCGGCUACAUUUCAGGACGCCGUGGCGGUGGCGUCUGCAAAUGUAACCAUGAAGAUCUACAACGAGAUCCGUGGGAAGGUGCUGCAACACCACCCAGACUUCCCGAUUGGCAAGCUUGCGUUCUUUGACGGGGAGGACCUGGACGAGCAGGGGAAGAGUCUCGCUCCCCUUGUCGACGCCACGGUGCGGUUGAGGUGGGACCUCAACGAGGAGGGAGUGCCUGUUUGGCCUCCUCAGGUCCUUGAGGACGGGGAGGAUCCAACAGGGCUACCCUCCUUUGACGCAUGGGUAGAGGGUGCUCCUGUAGCUGAGCAGGAGCCUUCAAGCACCCCGCCUAACUCUCAGCCCGCUGUGGUGCCAGCCAGCUCGCCCGUCAACGCACCAGCCUCUGAGCCCGCAGCCCGGUCUCCUCCAGCUCGCUCUCCUGCAGCUGUUGCUGAUGCAUCCAUGCCCGUCGAUCUGACGGAUGACUAGAUUUAGGGUUUUUUCUUUUGAUCUUUUGUAUUUCGCUUUUGCAUUUUUGUAUUUGAUCAAUGGAUUCAUAUCAUAUGUACCUUCAAUGUAAACAUCUUUGAUGAAAUACAAAAAUGAGUUUCCCUUUGAAUUUUUGUUGUAUUUUCUGUAUAUCAUUGUUUACAACUGUCGAAUAACAACUUGAAUAAAAGAAUAGUAUACAG